UGUUUACUGACGAAUCCGAAAAGAAAAAGGUUCCAUCAUGUCUGCCUUUCCCCUUGUUUACUUCAAAUGUCAUCAGCUGAUCCGUUCAGGUACAUCUACUGGAUGAGAUGGCCACGAUUCUUCUCGUUACAUUGUAUGAAUAUUCUCCGCUCUUCUACAUCGCUGUGGUUUCUCUGUGUUUUCUCGUGACCGCUGCCAUCGUAUUGGGUUGGUUUGGCUUUGAUGUCCCAGUGUUUCUUCUGAGCCAUGAGGAUUCAGAGUCCACAGUGUCGACUCCUGAGAAACUAAUGGUUCAGGAGACCAAUCCGUUUUCUCUAGCACUGGGAUCUGGGUCAGCAUGUGUCAGUGAUGGUGUAUCACUGAAACCUUGCUGCUUGGAGCCUUGUGUACUGAGCUGUUUCUGGGGCUGUGAAGUCGGAGCUCUGCAGGAGGCGCUGCGCACCCAUCAACAAAACCUGAGGCUCACAAGUCCUCAACACUUCCUUGAAGCGCUGCACCAUCGCUUCCACUACCAUCAAACUUUCUAUAUCCGCAGCGAAGACGAAAAGGAAUGUCACACCUGCAUCCCUGCUGACCAGAGGAUUCCAGAUUUUGGGCCGUUGCCAAGGAAACACUAUCCUCUCGUGGCUGUCCUGACUCUGGCAGAAACUGAGGCCAGAUAUCUAUACAAUAUUGUGGCAAAUGUAAUCGUUAUUCAUGUUCCUGAUGGGAAAUACAAUCUUUCUGCACGGAUUCUCUUCCAGUAUCUUCUUACCUCACAAGGAUACAUGCAUGAAUUAAAACCACUCUUUAUGUCGGCUGAAGGUUCUGGGCAGCCGGCUGGAGAACAGAUGGAGGGAAGUCCUGACCGAGGGGAGAGCGACUGGUCAGAGGAGACGGGUAGAAACUGUGUGGUCUGUCAGAAUGCAGCGGUCAACAGGGUGCUGCUGCCGUGCCGACACGCCUGCGUCUGUGACAGUUGCAUGUUGCACUUUCAACACUGUCCAAUUUGCAGAGCCUUUGUCCUGGAGUCGUUUGCACUUAGACCAACAUUACAAAUAUAAUAUAAUUUAUGUCAUAUAGACGAUGCAUUACAAACAAGAUUGCUUAUAUUCACCUUUACAUGGCGUUAAAGAUCCUGUACUUACACACAAACACACUGAGGUCUUUCAACUUAGCGUUGCUUCCAAACUGCCUUUAUUUCUGCUUGUAUUUAUACCUUCUAAUAAUCUGGUUUCAUAGAACUAAUGUCAAGAUGUCAGAUAUUAUCCAAAUAUAUUUUGUUUGUUGGUUUGUUGGUUUUUGUGACUUUCAGAAAAUGAAACUUAUGUAUUUAAUUUUAUUACAGAUACAUAGAAUGAAAUAUCUUAAACUCUGCAAAUUAUUUAAUGCUUAUCAUUGAAUUAUUUGAUUCAGGCUUGUUAAAUUAGAGACAACUACAAAAAUGCAUGACCUUGGUCUAAAUACACUGAAAAGAAACUAUUAAAACUAACCUAAAGCUAAAGGAUCCGUAAGAAGAGCGGUCCUCUGAUAAACUGUUUUACAGUCAACCUAACAGUCAAACACAAGAUAUUGAGAGGACACAAUAAUAGAGGAAAAAAAGAAUUUCCACAUAAUAAUUCCUUUAAAUCAGUAAAAUGGAAGUGAUCUCCAAAAGCUCCACUGGCUGGCAAUUUAUUUAACAAGAAAGUGAGUGAGCAGGUAGUUUCAGAACACCAAGCAUCAUCUACUCAAACAGCAGAUAUCAGAAUCCAUGGGCCACAUGCAGCAAAAUGUUCAGCUGCUUAAAGCAGAUAACAUCACAGUCAGUAUUUUAGCCUUUGGAUUACCAUAAAGAAAUUCUGCCAAUAAAUAUAUUACCUUUAUGAAACGUUACUAUAACAGAGAAAAGAAACAAUCGUUCUGAUUGACUGAAUGCUAUUUUCCUCAACACAAUCACCAGAUCUUUCAAAAUUUGAUUUAGGUGCUAGGAAAUAUUUGGGAGUCUCAACAGGGAUACGGGGGGAAACUUUUAAAUUGCGUUCCUUCACAAAAGUAUUGCAUUCCCUCACAAUAAACUUGCAAAUACACCCUGGUCCAUUUUGUAUACAGUCACAUUGAUACAGUGUAACCAGGGGUUUGACUUGUUUUGCUCCUGCAUUCCCCGCCUGAGUUUGUGGAAUAUUUAGCCAAAAGAAAAAGAUGUACAACUUUAGAUUACUCACAAAUGAGAUAUUAACAUUUCUUACAUGAAAGAAUUCAAGAUGCUGCAUGAACUGGCUUCCAAAUACAUUAUUGCGUGGAAUGCAAUACUUUUGUGAGGAAACGCAAAAGAAAAAAAAUCCCCAAUGUGCCUUAAGGCGCGCCGUAAAAUAUUACGCCUGAAAUUAGAGAUAAAAAUUUAACCUGGAAUGAAGCCUAACUGGGUUUGUUCCAGGUUAGUUGUUGGUCAAUAAAUGUCUUAAGCUUAUUAGACAGAAAUGUGGACAGUAUUUCUGAUCAACUUUGUAUCCCUCGGCUUCUUCAAGGUCAUUUCCUUAUUUUACUGUAUUUAUGACAGAAUGAUAAACUGUUUCAGGAAGAUAACUUUCUCUACAAGUCUAGAACCUUACCCUAACCCAAGAAAAUUUCUGAAUACUUUUGAGAAGACUAACCAAGCCAGGAGCCUUAAAUACCUUUAAUACGUUGCUUGUCAUUUACCUUUUGUUGUGUAAUGUCUUUAUUCAGAAAUGUAGAGUCUUCCUGUGGAAGGACUGAGAAGUAAUAAUGAGUUUUUGCAACUCACGAGCUCCUGUCUUAAUUUUUGAAGAAUAAAGACCUUUAUAAAAGUUU